AUGGGGUAUUUUGGAUUUGUCGAUUCCUCCGAGUCCAUCCUGCGCGUCGUGCCCGAGUUCGUAGAUCUGCCUGCGAAACGAGUGAAAGAGAGAUUGAAACGGAAGUUCAAAGAGAACAAAGAAGUCUUGACAGUGCAGAUCAAAGAGGACUCCACCAAAGCAAGCAUAUCACCUGACGCGUACACACCGCCUACCGUGUAG